AUGGGACGGUCCGGGCUCAUCUGUGCUUUCCUGCUAGCCGUCUGCUGCUGCUCUCGCCGCGCCGCGGGUGUGCCCGGAGAGGCCGAGCAGCCGGAGCCCGAGCUGGUGGAGGUGGAAGUGGGCCACACGGCCCUUCUGAAGUGUGGCCUCUCCCACGCCCAGGGCAACCUCAGCCACGUGGACUGGUUUUCUGUCCACAAGGAGAAGCGGACGCUCAUCUUCCGUGUGCGUCAGGGUCAGGGCCAGAGCGAGCCUGGGGAGUACCAAAACCGGCUCAGCCUCCAAGACAAAGGGACUGCUCUGGCCUUGACCGGCAUCACGCCCCACGAUGACCGCAUCUUCACGUGCCAGGGCAGGCGCCGGGCUCAGGAGCACCGCAUCCGGCUCCGCGUCUACAAAGCUCCGGAGGAGCCAAGCAUCCAGGUCAAUACCUUGGGCAUUUCUGUGAACAGUGAGGAGCCUGUGGAGGUUGCCACCUGCAUCGGAAGGAAUGGGUACCCUGUUCCUCAAGUCACCUGGUACAAGAACGGCCAGUCACUGAAGGAGGAGAAGAAUCGGGUCCACAUCCAGUCAUUCCAGACAGAGGAGUCGAGUGGUCUGUUUACCUUGCGCAGCGUUCUGCAGGCACAGGUGUCCAAGGAGGACAAAGAUGCUCAGUUUUACUGUGAGCUCAGCUACCGGCUGCCCAGUGGGAACCACAUGAAAGAAUCUAAGGAGGUCACUGUCCCUGUUUUCUACCCGGCAGAGAGAGUGUGGUUGGAAGUGGAGCCUGAGGGGGUGCUGAAGGAGGGGGACCGUGUGGAAAUCAGGUGUUUGGCUGAUGGCAACCCCCAGCCCCACUUCAGCAUCAUCAAGCAGAACCUCAAUACCAGGGAGACGGAGGAAGAGAGGAUGGAUGACAACGGGGUCCUGGUCUUGGAUCCCGCCCAGAAGGAGCAUAGUGGCCACUAUGAAUGUCAGGGCCUGGACUUGGAGACCACGGCAUCGCUGCAGAGCGACCGACAGGAGCUGGUGGUGAACUAUGUGUCUGAUGUCCGGGUGAGCCCCGCAGCCCCCGAGAGCCAGGAGGGCAGCAGCCUCACCCUGAACUGUGAGGCCGAGAGCAACCAGGACCUUCAGUUCCAGUGGCUGAGAGAAAAGACAGGCAAGUUACUGGCAAAGGGGCAGAUGCUCCAGUUACACAAACUGAAACGGGAGGAAGGGGGAGGCUACCGCUGCCUGGCCUCUGUGCCCAGCGUUCCCGGCCUGAACCGCUCCCAGCUGGUCAACGUGGCCGUUUUUGGGCCCCCGUGGAUGGCAUUAAGGGAAAAGAAGAUGUGGGUGAAGGAGAACUCGGUGCUGAAUCUGUCCUGUGAAGCCUCGGGGCACCCUCGGCCCAGCAUUGUGUGGAGCGUCCACGGCACGGCAAGUGAGCAAGACCAGGAGCCGCAGAGUGUCCUGAGUGUCCUGAACGUCUUGGUGACCCCAGAGCUGUUGGAGACAGGCGCUGAGUGCGUGGCCUCCAACUCCCUGGGCAGAAACACCACCAUCAUUUUCCUGGAGCUGGGUAAGGGCUGGGUCCUCCUGCAGAGAGGGCGGGGACAAGCCCACGUCGGGCUCAUUCCUCUCCCACCCCUGACCCCAAUCCAUUUCAUGUCUUCCACCCCAGACUCCAACAGAACCACCAACCUCAGCACCUCCACCAUCAGCCCCCCUGCCAGAGCCAACAGCACCUCAACAGAGAAGAAGCUGACAGAGCCCGAAAGCAAGGGUGUGGUCAUCGUGGCUGUGACCGUGUGUGUCCUGGUCCUGGCCUUGCUGGGCGCUGUCCUCUAUUUCUUCUACAAGAAGGGCAAGCUGCCAUGUGGACGGUCAGGCAAACAAGAGAUCACGCUGCCCCCGUCUCCUAAGAGCGAAUUUGUAGUUGAAGUUAAGUCAGAUAAGCUCCCAGAAGAGAUGGGCCUCCUUCAGGGCAGCAACGGUGACAAGAGGGCUCCAGGAGACCAGGGAGAGAAAUACAUCGAUCUGAGGCACUAG